AUGGGCUACACACUCCCUCCUCCGUCCGCUUCUUCCUCCUCAACAGCAGCCGUCCCCGAUGAUCCGCUCAGUCAUGCCCAAUCGCUCAUCGCCCGCAAAUCAGAAAUCGAAGCCGAACUCGACACCCAACUCUCCAUCCUCAAAUCCCACAACGUCGACAUGCGCACCCCACUCGUCGACCGCGAAGGCUUCCCCCGCGCCGACAUCGACAUCGUCGCCGUCCGAACCGCGCGUGUACGCAUCAUCGAGCUGCGGAACGACCUAAAUGCCAUUUUGGAGGAAGUCAAGACCGCACUUGAGGCUGUGCAUGCUGCGAAUAGACAGACAAGAACGGAAGAAAAUAGAGACGAGGACGCUAUGCAGGUUGAAGAGACAGCAGCAGAGGAGCCGACGAUACCGUUUGCACGCGUGGAUGGUGUCGCACCAGGAAGUCCAGCAGCCAGUGCAGUGCUAUAUGCACAUAUUUAUUGUACACUCAUGCAGGGCCUGCAACGAGAAGACGUCAUCCUCGCAUUCGGUUCAUUCACAAUCUCCUCCAUAACUUCCACUACCUCAUCAUCAACAAUAAUACAAGCAUCAAGUCUCGCACCACUCGCCACACUCGCAGCAGAGCACGAGAAUCAACCCCUCAACAUAAGGAUCCUACGCAACUCUCAACCCAUCACACUAACACUUAUCCCUCGAAAAUGGGGUGGACGAGGACUCAUAGGGUGUCAUAUUGUGCCCUACACAUCGUCGUGA